AAGGGAGAGCCUCACACUCAAAAGAGAAAGAGAUAAGGGAGCUGGCCGCAGGGUUAAUCUCCAGUUCGUGGAGCUCACUGUUUGGUUCGUAUCUUGAGAAAUACUCAUCCAAAAGGGGCGUGUGAGGUGUCCACUGAAAGCUCUCAAGAAGAGGAAUCCAUAGACAUGCGGUUUGAAGGAAACGGAGCAGUUUAAGGCCUCCAAAUCGUCCGAACAAAACGCAACCUUGCAGAAUACGUUUUUGUAUUCAAAGUUAGGGGACGAAUUUGUCGGAAAAACACCCGUUCUAGGGACUGUUUUCGUGUCUUCGGUUAGGAGUUGAGCAAGCACCUCGAGGAGGCUGUUUAACACUCAUUUUUAAGCAAGGAAUCAGUUCUCAAACUUCCUUGGCCGAGGCUUUGGUCAUUGGAUCAAGAAGGAAUAGUUUAAAGCUCAUUUGAGGUUGAGGCUAGAGCUUGCUUCCUGUGCCCGUUGCUCGGGUGAUCCUUUGGAGAGAAGACGUGGUUCGUGCUUUCUCCAUUCCGUUUUGAACAAUAUUAAACAUGCUCAUGGAUAUUUUACUUUAGAGCCUGCGUGCUCAUGAAUAGCCCUGUGUGGCCCUUUUGUUUUAAACAAUGUUUUCCGCUGCGUUAUGAAUUACUUAUUAUGUUUGUUUAUGGAUGUUAUAUGUGUGAAUGAUAUUCAAGACGCCUUGUAUAAUAUGAAUGUGUUGGACUGCGGUUGACUAUUCGUAUUGUACGGCGGGUUGUUGACGUGUCCGGGGAGGUCCGGGGCGUGACAAUUAAGUUGGUAUCAGAGCCUUAGUCCAUAAACUUCAUAAUGAAGUCUCAAAAUUCUCUUUUUGAAAAGAUUUUGAAAACCAUGAGCAUAGAAGUUUUGUACUUGGAGAGCUUUUGGUACUUGGGUUGCAAGGUCUCUAAUUGUUAAGAUGGUACCCUUAGCAAUUGGUAUGGCGGUGACUCGAGCCAAAAUGUGUCUUAAGUACCUAUCCGUCAAUUGACAUUUGAUACGAGUCUAACGACUCUUUCCAAAAUUUCUUUCAGAAAUGGACGGUGGUGGCAGGGUUACGAGAAAGAACCUGAUGGGCCGUGCACCGGUAGCGACCGGGCAGGGAAGCCGUGGGGCCUCUAGAGUAUCUAGAGGGGCGAGCCGUGGAGGCCGAUCGCACACUGUGAGCGGCGGUCAUGUGGACACCGAGGAUGAAACCUAUUGGUCCUAUGAGGACUCGACUUACCAACCGGAAACCGAGCCGGUUGAGACCCCUUACGAAGGGGAUGACGAUGAUGUAAGUGAUGACGAGGAGGAAAAUAACUCCUUAGCACGAAUCGAAGCGUUACUCCAACAGUAUCACCGUGAGCGUGAGGAAAGGAGGGAACGCCGAAGGCGCCGAGCUGGUCAACCUUCGGGUGGGGCUUCUGGAGUGAGAAGCCAUGCCGACUCUAGGACCCACAUCGAACCACAUGGGGGCCGAGGUGAUGGGGGUCCAACCAUAAGGAUCUCCAAGUACAUUAAGGAGGCAAGGGACUUGGGGUGCAAACCGUUCGAUGGGACGGGAGACAUCUCGAUUGCCGCUCAAUGGAUCAAGAGGUUGAAUGAGGCAGCUCUUGACAUGCAACUCACCCCCGAAUUUAAACUAAGGGUGGCGGUGAGACUGCUCGAAGGGAUGGCAUCCACAUGGUGGGACGGAGCCAAGGGAAAGUAUGGCAAUACCGUGACUUGGGAGAAUUUCCGACAGGAGUUCUUUGCCCAGUACUAUUCUGAUUUUGAGGUGAACGUCAAGAGGAGAGAGUAUACCCUCCUGACCCAAGGUGGCAAAAUGACGGUGAGGCAACUUGAACACAAAUUCAGGGGGCUCGCGGAGUUCAUACCGGAGUAUGUUUGUGACGAGAACCGGAUGGUAAAUCACUUCUGGGAUGCCUUGGACUUGGAGGUACGUGAGAGGGCAACACAGUUGCCUAACAUGACCUUUAGCCAAGUGGUCGAGCAAGGGUUGAAAGGGGAGAAACAAUGGGAGGAGAGGAAGAGGAGAGAUGCCGAAGAGGCGAAAAAGAGAAAGGGGGAGAGUCAUGGCCCUCAAGGUUCCAAUAAAAAGGGAAACCAUGGAGGAGGACCUUUCCGAACACCACCGCCCCCACCUAGGGGGAACCAAGGCCCGAAUGGACAAGGAUCACGGACCUCGGGGGUAGCUCGGUGUAAUAAUUGCAAAAGGAGCCACUUUGGUAAGUGUCGUGACCCUCCUAGAUGCUUCCAAUGUGGGGAUGCCGGGCAUUUGAAGAUGAAUUGCCCACAAUUGGGUGGGGCAAGGUCAUCGGGACCAAGUAGCGGGGCUACGGGAAGUAGAAACCAAGCCGGGGGUUCCCAAGUAACCAGGGGGCAAGGGGGAGCAAGCGCGAGUAACGCGCCGUCCGUGAAUCAAGGAAGGACGCAAGCUAGAGUCUACGCAAUGACCGAGGCUGAUGCUCGGGCUAAUCCCGACUCCGUCGCAGGUAAUACACUUGUUCGGGUCAUUUCUAGGCUUAUUUUGAUCAUAUACGUCGUUGGGAUUAAGUACGGGCCACCCCGGGGUCAAACUGGGUGAGUUAGGCCGAAUCGGGCUGGAAACAGCCACUGCUGGCCAGGCACGCCCGAAGGCACGCCGUGCCUGGAAUCGUGCCUGGAAGGCAGUGGCACCCGAAGAGAAGAAAAAAAAAAAAAGAAAAAAAAAAUUUUUUGGGCCAGGCACGGCCUCAGGCACGCCGUGCCUGGCGUCGUGCCUGGGAGGCAGUAGCGCCCAGGGCUUUUUCCCAAGCCAGGCACGACCGUGCCUACCCCAGGCACGCCGUGCCUGGCACCCAGAAUGCCGAAACCCGAUUUUUUCGCACCGUUUUGCGACAUUAAGACCUUUUCUUGAUCCCUAACACAUGUGUGAACAUAAUAAACCUCUCUAAAUGUGUAAGAAUGGUAGGAAAGGUAUCUUACAUGACUUAUAAAUGUAGGAACACUAAAGAUUAAUGGGAAGGAUGCGCGAAUCCUUAUCGAUACCGGGGCGCAACGUUCAUUUGUGAAUGAAGCGUUCGCCAAGAGGUUGGGAGUGCAAUCCGCACCAUUGAUGCAAACCUUAGUGGUGUCAACACCACUAGGAGAUGACGUGGAAAGAACUUGUUAUUAUCCAUCUUGUGGGGUGGAGGUUAAUGGUCAAACCUUGACGUGUGACUUCGUACCGCUGGGCAUGAUUGAAUUCGAUGCAAUCCUAGGGAUGGAUUGGCUAGAAAGGAACCAUGCUAGGGUAGAUUGCUACACGAAGGUUCUUGAACUCGAAGGCAACGAUGGGGAGACCCUACGCUUCGAGGGCGAUCGAGGGAGAUCAAAUAGCUGUAUCAUAUCCGCCGUGAGAGCGAGAAGUAUGAUGAGAAAGGGAUGUCACGCAUAUCUAGCAUACGUGGUUGACAAAACCAAAGAAGAAACGAACAUCGAUAAUGUGAGGGUGGUUUGUAAGUAUCCGGAUGUCUUCCCUAAAGACCUACCGGGGCUUCCACCUGAUAGAGAGAUUGAAUUUGUGAUCGAGGUCGAGCCUCGUACCAAACCAAUCUCCAUUGAAUUCCUUGUUAUGUCGUUAAGGUUAACAAACGCCCCGGCGGCAUUCAUGGACUUGAUGAACCGAGUAUUUCAUAAGUACCAAGACCGAUUCGUGAUUGUGUUCAUAGAUGACAUCUUGAUUUACUCAAAGAGUGAGGAAGAACAUGAAGAGCACUUGAUACUCGUUCUUGAGACACUACGAAAGAACCAACUCUAUGCCAAAUUUUCUAAGUGUGAAUUUGGCUAAAGGAGAUUGGCUUCCUCGGGCACGUGGUUUCAGGAUCGGGAAUUGCAGUUGAUAACAAGAAGAUAGAAGCCAUUACCGAAUGGGAGAGGCCAAAGAACGUCAAGGAAAUUCGUAGUUUCCUUGGAUUGGCAGGCUACUACAGAAAGUUUGUGGAGAAGUCCUCUGUUCUGGCAUCAUCAUUGACGAAGCUCACUCGUAAAGGAGCUAAGUUCGUGUGGGAUGACAAAUGUGAGAAGGGGUUCUUAGAAAUGAAGAAGAGGUUAACCGAGGCACCAGUACUUGCACUACCCAAACAGGGUAUGGGGCACGAUGUCUAUAGUGAUGCGAGCAUCCAAGGGGUUGGAUGUGUGUUGAUGCGGAUGGGAGGGGUAAUUGCCUAUGCUUCACGACAGUUGAAGAGGCAUGAGGUAAACUACCCUACUCAUGAUUUAGAGCUGGGAGCAGUGGUGUUUGCAUUGAAGAUAUGGGGACACUAUCUCUACGGGGAGACGUGUCACAUACACACUGAUAAUAAGAGCUUGAAGUGUGUAUUUACUCAUAAAGAGUUAAACAUGAGACAGAGACGGUGGAUGGAGUUGAUAAAGGACUACCAUCUAGUUAUUGAGUACCAUCCAGGUAAGGAAAACGUUGUAGCAAAUACCCUCAGUCAGAAGAGUUCGUCUGGGGCAUUGCUGACUAGUUUGAGGGCAUUGAGAGCCCAAUUGGAUGUAUAUCCGCCUGUAGAGGAACGUGAGGAUGUGAACUACGUUGUGCAACCGAUUAAGGUCAUUGAUAGAAAGGUGAAGAAACUGCGGAGUAAAGAAGUCCCAAUGGUUAAAGUCCUUUGGAAGAGCGAUCGUGUCGAAGAAGGGACAUGGGAAAUAGAGGCUUUGAUGAGGGAGUAGUAUGCUUCCCUAUUUGAGUAGAGUUGCGAAUUUCGGGGACGAAAUUCCUGUUAAGGGGGGGUGAACUUGUGACACCGCACCCGAACGUCCUUGAAAAACUCAAUAUAAAAAAAAAAAAAAAAUUAAUUUCUAUGUAUUGAAUUUUCGAUUUCCAAACAAUUGUAAAACAAUUAAUGUUUUACGUAGCGCAUGAUUGAUUUUUGUAUUGUUCAAACUCGUAUGUUAGUGUCGGGUUUGCAAAUACUUAUUUGGGCCUUAUUAAUGAACAUAGGAGCCCAACAUUAUCUAAAUAAUGUUACAUAAUCUUUCAAAACAAUUUGAGGAAGGUCGGGCGGCCAAACAUUAUUUUGGGCCCAACCUGCUAAAAAUAGCAAGUAUUCAAGGAUGGCAUCGUAGGCCCACUCGGGGGUGACCCACACGGCUAGUAGUCCAAUAUAUGAAUGACAAUGUCAAAAUAAGUGAUAGUAUGAUUAGAGAAGAAUACAAAUGCCUAUGGUCCCAUCUUCGACAUUUUUGAGCUAAAUAAUGGGAGUAUGAUUUUCCUUCUAUAAUAUUCAACAUGUAAGUUAUUGGGAUGAUCCUACACAUGUUGGGAAUCAAUAAUAUGAUUUAUGAAGUUGACUUGGCCUACAUAAAUUAUAAGGAGUACAAAAAGACAUCUCAUGACAAGGAUAAAACAAUAGGGUCCAUCUUUUCAUUUUGGAAGUAUUGGUAGGUAUUUUGGACCCCAAAUUGAAUGGGAUCAUUUGGGAACCAUCCCACAUGACCUUGGUACCUGCAAGACAAAGAAAAAUGGGUGAGACAACUAUGUGGGGCGGACAUUUGACUUGAGAGCUACAACAUUACAAAAAAGAAAUAAAAGAGGAGGUCCAC